AUAGUUUAUGAUAGGUUGUCUGAUUUACUUAGAACUUCGAUUUUAUGUACAGUUUUAUUUUUGUAAUGGUUAAUUUAAAAAUGUUUACAUAUAGUGUUUCGAGCUCAGAAGUUAACUUUUAAAGUAAUUUAGUGUUUUGUAUAGAGGUGAACAAAAUCCUAUUUCUACUAGCAAUAAAUUUCUCCAAUAAUUAGCGUCAGAUAAUUCUAAUGCAACAAACGAUGGAAAUCAAAUUGAAGAAAAAAAAAGAGAAACAUCGCACCGAAGGAAAUUUAAGUAGUGUUUAUUUUUGUUGCAAAGAGUUAGCUGAUAUAUAUUUUAAUGCUGAACGUUAUGAUGAUGCAUUAAAUGAAUAUCAUGAGAUGAAACAAAUUUCAUUAGAAAGUAAUUGUAAGCUUGAUGUUGGAAGGGCAGAUAGAAUGAUAGGUGAAGUGUAUUGUGAGAAAGGAGAGUUUAAUAAAGCAAUCACCCAUCAGAAAAAUCAUUUAUCCAUUGCCCGUCAAGAAUCUGAUAAGAUAGAAGAACAAAGAGCUCUUGCCACUCUUGGAAGAACAUAUUUUUUACUUGCAGAAAGUGUUCCAAAUAGUAACUCAGAAAUGCGUACAACAGCUCUCAGUGAAGCUAAAAAAUUUUAUAUGAAGAGUUUGGACAUUUGUCAUGAACUAACAGAAGAAAAUAUUAGUACCAGACAGAGAAUGGAAAUGACUGGAAGACUUUUUUUAAAUAUUGGCCUUGUACUCGACUGUCAAAAUCAUUAUGAUGAUGCAAUUCAUCAUAUGCUUAAAGCUGUUGCCAUUUGUAAAAAGCUUGAUCUUUGGGAAGAUUUAUAUAGAACAUAUACUGCUCUUGGUUCUAUUUACCAUAAACAUAGUGAUAAAAAUGAAGCUUUAAGAACAUAUGACCUAGCUGUAGAUGUAGCUGAACGUUUAACUAAUAAAAUUCAACUUGUAUGUGAACUUCUUUUGCAGAAAACAGAUGUAUUAUUGGAUUUACCAGAUCUUCGUGGAGCUAGACAAGCAUUACUUAGAGCUUACAAGUUGAAGCCUUCUAGUAAAAGUUUGAAGGCUGAAAUAGAAAAAAAACUGAGAACAGUUGCUGCAAUGUGUGAAUUUGAGGAUAAGCUUACAGAUCUGCCUCCAGAUAAUAGCUUUGAAGAAAGAAAAAAAUUAUAUGAAAAUCUGGGAGAUGCAGCAUCUGAAUUCAACAACUAUAGUCUAGCCCUCACAUACUAUCAUUUAAUGCUAGAAUGUGUUCAGAAGUGUGGUAAUAAGAAAAAAGAUCUAAUUGAAUCAUUUGUGUCACUAGCUCAGACUUAUAAAGAUAAUAAUCAAUUGUCUAAUGCUUUACAAUAUUUCAAAAAAGAACUUGAAUUAGAAGAAACAAAUUCUCCUGAGGCAUGCAAAACGCUAUUAAAUAUUGCUGAAAUAUACCAACUUCAGGAAAAUGUUGAAGAAAUGUUAGCAACAUACUCCAAAGCAAAAUCUAUUUCAUCUGAAUCAAGUGAUCUAAAGCUAAAACGAACAGUAUUAAAAUCUUUGCACUAUGCUUUAACUACAGCCAAUAAAGUUAGUGAGGCUGAAGAAGUAAAAAGAGAAUUGAAUGAUUUACAGCUAGAUGUUCUCAUGGAUUCUAGUGAUGAGGAAGAAGACAAUACAAUAAUGUUUGGAGCUAACAUUUGUAUUGAUGAUUUAUCUGAUGAAGAAGCAGCCAAUGAUGUUUCAAAGAAGGCAAAACUUUCUCGAACAAGAGUCAGGCAUAAAGGAACACUUGAGAAAAAAAAUGAAAAAGGUGAAACACCACUUCAUGUUGCUGCAAUUAAUGGGAAUGUUGGUCUUGUCAAAAGAUUGAUUGAACAAGGUCAUAGAGUGGAUGUAAAAGAUUAUAGUGGUUGGACUCCUCUACACGAAGCAUGUAAUCAUGGUCAUUUAGAAGUAGUUAAAGUUUUACUUGAUAACAAAGCUCCUAUCAAUGAUCGUGGUGGUGCUCAUUGUGAUGGUGUCACUCCUCUUCUAGAUGCUGCAUCAAAUGGAAGUCUUGAUGUGAUAGAACUUCUCUUGAGCUAUGGUGCUUCACCUCUUAUGAGAACUAAUAGGGGAGAAACAGUUUUAGAUUGUCUCUCAUCAUGGAGAGAACGUCGAUAUGCUGAAUUAGGAGUAGAUUUGGAUCCUAUAACAGGUGCUCAUUAUGACUCAGUUUAUAGUAGCCUAAAACAAACUCUAGAAAAAGCAGGCCAAAAAGUGGAUGAUAAGCUUGAACAAAAGCAGUAUUCAUGUAGGACCUAUAAUGAACCAUCUACUUCCCAUAGAAGGAAUAUAAGUCAGCCUAAACAAGUAUGUUUCGAAAAAAAAGAAUCAACAACUGAAGAUUAUCAGAGUACCAUGAAAGCUCUGAGAGGCAGAAGCAGUAAUGAAAAGCUAGUCUCAUUAAGAACUAACAAAACAUCAUUUCCUGCUCUGUUAGCUGAAGAAGAAACGGUUGGAGAUGAUUGGCUAGAAAUUGAUAUAGACAUGCAAAGGCCUAGCAAAAAACGGCGAACUGAUGAUUUAAUAUUGAAUGAAAGAAAUAAAGAAAAUGUAUUUAAAAAAAAUAGAUCUAUUUCUUUUGAAAGUGAUGAGGAGAAACCAGUUGUUGAAGAGUUAGAUUUAAUCGAUGAUAGCAGUAGUGAUAUGGACCAAUUGAAUCGAGAUAAUAGUGAAAUUGAAGAUACAUCAAUCAUAUCCUCUCAGAGAUCUGAUUCUUCAUCACAAAAUCAAAGAGCUAGAUUAAAAGAAAUGACUAAUCUUAAGAAAAAACAAACAUCCCUUUUGGCAACUGGUGUUAUAAAAGAAAAGAUUUCUAAAACACCUAGCAAUAGUAAUAUUAAUAUAUCAACUGAACCCUCAUUAGUGUCUCAGCAAACAACUUUUACUUGUAUAAAAGUGAGGAUUGAAGAUAAAACAAUUGUAGUGCCUAUUCCACAAAGUAGCUUUGAAUCACUGUCCAUUUCUUGGCUUGCCAAAGAAGCUGCUGAUCGAUACAGGAGGCUCGAAGGCUCGGAGCCAGUGUUAAGACUCGAAAUGGAUGAUGGAGGACUUUUAGUCGGGUCAGAUCCUUUAGCAAUACUGAUGGGAAUAUCUCAAAUCCAUGCUCGUGUUUCAUCUUGGAAAGUUUUAUCUUUGACUGGACUUUACAAAGAAGCUUGUGACAAUGCUAACAUACUUGUAGAUGAUGAGUUGAAUGAUAUUCUAGAAGCAUGUCAGGCCACUGGAUCAGCAGCAUUCGAUUAUAUGUAUCUUGAGCGCAAACAGCUUACUCCUAUUUUUCAUACUCUCUCUCACCAUCCACCUCUUCAAUUCUUAUCUAUUACUGGCACCAAUAUUUCUGAUAAUUUUGUUUCAGUAUUAGCAGAAUGUGUUGCAAAGUUGGCACAGCUUCGAUCGCUAGACUUGAGUAAUAUUAACAUAACAUCAAAAGGUCUUGAAGUGAUUUGUAAAGCAGUUAAAAAACAAAAUGGAUUCCAGAUGCUUGAAAAAUUAAAAUUAGGGUAUAACCCUCUUGGAGAUUGUUUGAGACCAUUAGCUGAAUUAAUGAGUUUAGUUCCUCGCCUACGAUACUUAGCAUUGCCUUCAGUUGGGAUCACCACACGCUCAUUUUCAUCUUUUAUUCAGUUUACCCUGGAAUGCUUGGAAGUAUUGGAUCUUAGCUUUAAUGAAAUUGGAGAAGGCCUCACAGAUAUUCUUGGGAGGUUAGAGGCACAGACUAUCAUUGAUUUGAGACUGUCAAAUACAGGUUCCCAUACCAUCCGUGAAAUAGGGUUUUAUUUACAGCAUUACACUCCUCUUUCUCUGAGAUCUCUGGACCUUUCUUUUUGCCCUACUACACAAAUUGAAAUAGAUUGUCUUAUUAAAGGUGUGAACAUGUGUAAACAUCUUGACAAAUUAUUAUUGGAUGGAUUAGGAGAGAUUACUAUUAAUAUUGAUGACUUGUCAAUUAAAGAGCUUAGUAUUUGUGGAACUAAAUUUAUCAGUGGAACAACUCUUCCUGAUCAACUUAAAAAGUUAUCUUUAACACAAUCUGGUCCAAUAUGUUCUCCAUUAAAUAAAGGACCCUUUGGGUUAGGUAGAUUAACUAGUUGAGGUUAAAAAAGAAGCAAGAUGGCCUUAAUAUUGCUUGGUGGACAAAUUAUAAACAUUAAUUACCUGUAAAUUACAAGAGAUUAUUUUUUGACUGAUAGUGAUACUAUUGGUUCAAUAAUUGUUAAUAAUUUAUUUUUUUAUGAAGCUAACUUGUAAUUAUGUAUAUUAACUGGAUUGAAUUUAAAAAAUAUAUAUAAAUGCAGAAAUAAAAUUAUUUUUUUUGUAAUUUCAAAUAUUAUAUAAUGGCUAAAAUGGCCCAAGUGGUUGAACAGCCUGAAUUGUAAAUAUAAAUUAAUAAAAUAUAUAUAGAAAUAAAUUAUUUUCCAGUUGUGUUAAAUGUUUUUAUGGAACCUAUUAAGAGAAAAUGAUAAUUAAAACCUGAAGAGACGAAAAUUUAGAUAAAUUAAGUAUUUAAUUAUCGAGACUAAAAAGGCCUUUUUCUACAGAUACUUAUUACAGUCUCUUUCCCAAGAUCCUCUUGGGUCAUCAUGAAUUGUUUUUUUAUUAGAGCA